AUGCCUGACAAGGACGCUGGUACACCCCGUGUCUUCCUCUACCGACACGGUCAGACGGAGUGGUCCAAGAACGGCCGGUACACCGGUGUCACUGAAUUGGACCUCACGGAAGAUGGCGAGAGUCAAGUCCUCGCGUCUGGCAAGAUGAUUGUUGGAUCGGGCAAAUUGAUUGACCCGGCCCACCUGGCGCAUGUCUAUAUCAGUCCUCGCAAACGGGCGAUGCAGACCUUCGAGAUUGCUUUCUCUGAUGCUGCUAAGCAGGAGCUGAGAGACGCAAAUAAAGUCAGCGAGACUGAAAGACUGGCUGAGUGGGGUUACGGUCUUUACGAGGGGCUGGUGACGAAGGAAAUCCGGGCCCUGCGAAAGGAGCACGGUCUGGACACCGAGCAGCCAUGGGAUAUCUGGCGCGAUGGCUGCGAGGAUGGAGAGUCUCCUCAAGAGGUCACGGACCGCAUUGACGAUCUUAUUAAAGAGAUUCGUGCGCUGCACAAAGUCAACAUGCACGGCGAAAAGCAUUGUGACGUGGUGCUGGUUGCACAUGGCCACUUGCUUCGCGCCUUUACCAAGCGUUGGCUUGGUUACCCCAUGGAGUUCCCUCUUUCCCUGAUGCUUGAACCUGGCGCUGUUGGUGUCUUGAGCUACCAACACCAUAGCAUUGAUGAGCCUGCCCUCAUGGUUGGAUAUGGAUUCCCAUUGGAAGAAUAA